UGCUCUGUCACACAUAAAUAAACGAACGCGCACGUCACACGCGCACACCUCGCCUCCACUUGUUGCCGAACUGAGUAUCACUCGUCUUUCGGAAGCAAUGGCAACGACCGUGAAGCUUUCCACCGGUGCGCUUAUGCCCAUCGUCGGGCUGGGGACAUGGAAGUCUGAACCUGGUCAAGUGACUGCAGCAGUGAAAGCAGCCAUAUCAGCGGGCUACCGGCACAUCGAUGGGGCUGCCAUUUAUCGGAACGAGGCGGAGGUGGGCGAUGGAAUCCAGGCCAUGAUCAAGGACGGUGGAGUCAAGCGAGAGGACCUUUUCAUUGUUAGCAAGCUGUGGUGCACCUACCAUGAAAAGUCCAUGGUCAGGCAAGCUUGUGAGAAGACCCUGAGCGAUCUCAAAUUGGGCUACCUCGACCUCUAUCUGGUGCACUGGCCAAUGGGAUUCAAGCCCGGCGACGAGAUGUUUCCUUUGGACAGCAACGACGAAAUCAUUCCCGACGAUACCGACUACCUGCAGACAUGGGAGGGAAUGGAGGAGCUGGUCGAUGCCGGUCUGGUCAAAGCCAUCGGGGUCUCCAAUUUCAACCGGGAUCAGAUUGAGCGUCUUCUCAACAAGCCGGGCCUCAAGUACAAGCCGGCCAAUAAUCAGGUGGAGUGCCACCCAUUCUUGAGCCAGGAAAAGCUGAUCAACUACUGCCACUCAAAGGGCAUCACCGUGACAGCCUACAGUCCACUCGGCUCCCCGGCCAGACCCUGGGCCAAACCCGACGAGCCUUCGCUUUUGGAGGACCCUAACGUCACGGCCAUAGCCAAAAAGCACAACAAAACAUCUGCUCAGGUCCUGAUCCGCUUCCACGUCCAGAGGAAUGUGGUGGUGAUUCCCAAAUCGGUCACACCUCACCGCAUCCAAGAGAAUUUCAAGGUGUUUGACUUCCAACUCAGCGAUGAGGACAUGAAGACCAUUUCAGGAUUCAAUCGGAAUUGGCGAGUCUGUCCGAUGCAGUGGAGCAUCAAGCACAAGGACUACCCCUUCCACGCUGAGUUCUGAUGUGGGAAAAUGGCAAGCAGUGGUGUGAAUUUCGGCACUGUUAGAAAAAUGGAGUUAUCUGUUAUCUUCGCGUUGGCAAUUCACAAUACAUUUUCCCCACCCAUGUGUCCAUUUGAACACUUCCCCUUAUUUGCAAGUCAUAUGUGCCACUUGUGACUGUUGGCGUUGCUGAGUCAUGUGUAUUACUUGUGAUGGCGUUGCCUCAUUUGUUUUCACUUUGUCCCGCGUGUGCCAAAUUAGCACGAGGGAUUACGCCAAUAUUGUGUGUUACAAUAAAAUAGUGCCAGCCAA